UCGAUCGGAACUUGUUCUUCUCCCCUUGUUGCAUCUGCUACCUCUGCUAUAGGUUUCGUUUCAAGGAGCUUUUUGUGGUAUAGUUGGUGAUACAUUUUUGACAGGGUAAUAUUCUGUGAUCGAGAACAGGGGUCGAUUCGAUGGGUUUAUCCCUUUCCUUGCUUUCCUGGGGUUGGAUUGAAUGCAUGAGGAGCAAAAUAUUUGGGUUGCCGGAAACGACAGAUGCUUUGGUGAGAUCUAUCAGCUUUGGUGAUCAGAAGGACGUGAAGAUGACCCUGAGAUCACUCAGCUUCAAACGAAGUGAUUCAUCGAAAAAGAUGGUGUCAAAGGUAACCGAUACCUCGGCGAUGGAGAAGUCAUUAAGCUUCAAAGGAUGGGAACAAGAAACGGCCUUAUCAUUCAAGAAUGAAGUCACGGAUGGGAACGAAACAGCACAAGGCUCGUUCGAGAGCACCAUGAAGAUUGCAGUCCCGCAGUGCCCUUUCGAGUUCUCUUCUCCGAGGCCUUUGAGUGAGCUUGACGCAGCUGCCACGAAGCUGCAGAAGGUGUACAAGAGCUACCGAACCAGAAGAAAUCUUGCAGAUUGCGCGGUCGUGGUUGAGGAGCUCUGGUGGAAGGCGUUAGACUUUGCAUCUCUGGAACAUAGCUCUGUGUCAUUCUUCAAGGUCGAAAAACCAGAGACUGCAGUUUCGCGAUGGGCAAGGGCAAGAACCAGAGCAGCAAAGGUUGGCAAGGGGUUGUCAAAAGAUGAAAAGGCUCAGAAGCUAGCACUACAGCACUGGCUGGAAGCUAUCGAUCCACGGCAUCGGUAUGGGCACAAUCUGCAUUACUAUUAUGAUGUCUGGUUCGAGAGUGAGAGCACCCAACCAUUCUUUUACUGGCUGGAUGUUGGUGACGGAAGGGAGAUGAACCUUGAAAAGUGCCCCAGAAGCAAGCUUCAAAGCCAGUGCAUCAAAUACCUUGGACCAAAAGAGAGAGAAGCAUAUGAAGUCAUCGUGAAGAACGGAAAGCUUCUCUAUAAACAAACUGAAAUGCCUGUCUGUACCAAGGAAGGCUCCAAGUGGAUAUUUGUCCUCAGCACCUCGAGAGUACUGUAUGUGGGUCAGAAGAAGAAAGGCACGUUCCAGCACUCCAGUUUUUUGGCUGGUGGAGCCAUAACAGCAGCUGGAAGAUUGGUUGCUGCAGAAGGGGCAUUGGAGGCCAUAUGGCCAUACAGUGGUCAUUACCUCCCGACAGAAGAAAACUUCAGGGAAUUCAUCAUCUUCCUUCAGGACAACAAUGUAGACCUCAGCAAUGUGAAGAAAUGUUCGGUCGACGAUGAUGAGCACCCUUCCUUUAGAAAGCGUGCCAAUGAUGUGGAGGCCGCAGCUGAGGAGGCUGGGAAGGCAAAGGCUGUAGAACCUAUGGGGGAUUCCACAGAGCAUGACAAGGCCGUGGCGUCGCAGUUUGGCCAACGCUUACCGUGCAAGUGGACAACCGCUACCGGAGCUCGAAUCGGAUGCGUGCGGGAUUACCCAGUCGAUCUCCAGACUAAGGCACUUGAGCACGUGAACCUCUCCCCGAGAGUGACUCCCUCGCACAGUAGCCACCGAGUCCCGAUCCCAUCUCCUCGACCAAGCCCCAAGGUGAGGCUUUCCCCGAGGCUUCACUACAUGGGCAUCCCAAGCCCCACCGUCUCCCUCACUCUACCCAAGCACAGGAGGAGAUUGCGUGAUGACGCUGGUAGCGCCGAUCACUGAUGUUUCAGCGAGUCCAAAGCUUCGGUGCACUGACAGACAGUAUCAUACAAGCUUACAUUUUGCACAGCGAUUUUUUUUUCGUUCUUUGAAUUGAUUACAGAUUUGUCUGAUCACUGAAGCAUUUGAUUAGUUUCGUACUUUUUCUAGACAUUCAUUUGAUCGUGAAGAAAUCUUCACUUCUUUCUUUUGGUCUUUUGGUCAUGGAAUUGUAGAAGAACUCUAUGUAACUGUUUUAUUGAAAGAAUAUGGUUCUUCA